AUGGUCAUACAAGCCACCAAGACACUUGAUGUCAACCUGGAUCCCAGUGUGCAAGACAUUGAAGGCUUUGCCUAUGUCUCCAAUUGUAAACCACAACAUCCUCACUCCAAGAAACCCAAACAUGGAGAUCUCAACCCCAGGUCUAUAGCCUUUUUUUCCUGGAAUAUUUGUGCCCAUUAUUUCAAUGUAACUCCAAAUUAA